AUGCAGGCGCCCGACGAUGGUGUGGACGGCGCGCAGGGCCCGGGAGGACAGCGACGGCCCGCUGUCCCGUGGGGCCCCGGAAGCCAGGGCCGCCCUGGCAGCCAAGGAGCCGCGGGCAACACUAUGGCCGAGCCUGUCGGACCCCAACCACUCCCGCAAGGCCCGGGCCCUGCUGGAGACGCCGCCCCCGCCGCCGCGGAGCCUGGCGGCCGGGUGCUGGAGUUCACGCUCACCUUACCGUUCCGGUGCCCCCUGGAGGCCGACAUGGCCCGCCGGUCCAUGGCCCCUGACGCCCCGCGCUACCUCGGGGUGGUGCACAAGGAGCUCACGGUGAACGGCAGCAGCCUGGUGGUGCACUGGACCGCCGAGGACCCUGUUCUCUUCCGAAUUUCCAUCAACUCCUUCCUGGACCAGCUUUCCCUGGUGAUUCGGAACAUUCGCCGUAUGUGGCCGCCGUCUGCACCCACCCCCGGCCGAGGAAAGGGACCUAAGGUGUGACCCCCUUGGCCGACUCUGCCAGGCACGGGAGGCUGCCCUGACCGGCAUUCUGGCGGCCCGGUUCUGGGCCGGGCUUAACGGGGCACCGUGGACCCUUGUUUGCUGUCCCCGUUGCUAGAGGGGAGGGGUUGGACUGUGCCGCGUUACUACACAAAAUAAAGCCCAACUUGUGU